AUGAGCCACGAGAACGAUCUCAGUCAGCUCCCAAUUUCAGAACAUGAUCACUCUUUUGUGAGAAUCAAUGUUCUUGACCAACUCCGGAUAUUGCGUACCUUUCUCGAGGUAUCCGAGGCUAUUGCCUUGGGAAAUUUGCACAUACACGGCGUGGUGCAUGACCCAGAGAGGAAUAUAUCCCACCAGAUACUGGAAACACAGCCUACAAAUGUUUAA